AACUGUUUCCAGUUUUCUUUAUUUUCUGAAAACAUUUUUCUUCAGACGAACCCUAAGUGGGUUUUUCCGAAAUCAAAUUUCGACGAAAUAUUUUAUUUAAUUUUACAGUGAAAUCUGUUGAAUCAGAGUCAUGACCACCGGAGAUCUCCUCAAUAUUCAUCCUACGGAGCUCAAAUUUCCAUUUGAAUUGAAGAAGCAGAGUUCAUGUUCCAUGCAAUUGACCAACAAGACUGAUCAAUAUGUGGCCUUCAAGGUUAAAACAACAAACCCAAAGAAAUAUUGUGUUCGACCCAACACCGGUGUUGUCUUGCCAGGAGCCACAUGCAAUGUUACGGUUACAAUGCAAGCCCAGAAAGAAGCACCGCCAGAUAUGCAAUGCAAGGACAAGUUCCUCCUUCAGAGUGUUGUGGCCCCCACGGCUGCAACUGCCAAGGACAUAACCACAGAAAUGUUUAAUAAGGUGGAUGGGAAGGUUGUUGAGGAGUUCAAAUUGAGGGUGGUUUAUAUUCCUGCUAAUCCUCCCUCACCUGUCCCUGAAGGAUCUGAAGAAGGAUCUUCUCCCCGGGCAUCUGUGCAUGAGAAUGGGAACCAAAACACUUCAUUGUUUUGUACUGUAAAAGAAUCUCCAGAGGAGGCUAAAGAGGAAGCUUCGGAGGCAUGGUCAAUGGUUACCAAGUUGACUGAGGAGAGGGCUUCUGCCCUUCAACAAAAUCAGAAGCUUCGUCAGGAGUUGGAGCUGGUGAGAAAAGAAAUCAGCAAAAGUCGAGCUGGUGGUAUCUCCUUAUUUUUUGUCGUUGUGCUGGUUGGUCUCAUUGGUAUCCUGCUCGGCUAUUUUGUUAAGAGGACGUAAAAGCUAUCAGGGUCAAAAAAGCGAUCUACAAAAUGUUGCUUGGAUGAUGCCAGUAUCAAUGGUUAUGGUCUUCCAAAAUUUUCAGUACUUUUUUUUUUGGGAACAUUCAAUCUCUAGUGUAAAAAAAGAUGUUGGUAGUCCAUUAUGUAUUAUUGACAUUGGAAUGAUUGAUUUCUGAGUUUGAAUAGGGCUUUUCUCGGGUUAGAGUCACUAUAUUUGCAGUGAUUGUGGUGUUGAUGAACUGAAGCUCAUGUGAAAGAAACAUGUUGCCUAGGGCUGGAUUGGUUUGAACUCGAAGUAUUCCCUCCCUAACGUAUGGAAUGGACUGGUUAAGAAUCAA